GCAACCUUACGACCUGCGACAAGCUUCGAAAUAUUGAAAUUCUUUUGCUAUGAUCGCUGCGAUUUAGCUCGAGUUUCAUUCCGCAUUCACUUAUCCCACUAGAGGGGGCAGCAGUUGUUCUUGCUUCUGUCAAUAUUUGCAGUCCAUACUUAUUGUAGCGUUUUGUUUGACUUUAUGAGGGUCUGAAACACCGUGGUGUUGUGUUUUGGCGCGCGAUUUGGAGAUAUUAAGUUCGUCGCAGAAUCACGAUCUUGCACGACUAGACUCAACAUGCCAUCAGAAAAUAUCCAGGUUGCCGUGUUUGUGAGACCGUUCACCGAGAGGGAACUAACAGAGGAAAGCGUCUGUAUAGUAGAGGGUGAAGAUGGUCAAGUAAAGGUCGACAACUCAGAAAAUUCACGAGCAAAAGUUUUCAACUUCGAUCACACGUAUUGGUCCGUCGACCAAGCAAGCGAUUCUUAUAUCCCGCGAGCAAAGGGUAUUGAAGAGCUUGGAGAUUCUUUAUUAUCCUCAGCAUUUGAGGGUUACAAUGUGUGCGCCUUCUCCUACGGUGCUAGCAAUAGUGGGAAGACAUGUGUCAUGUUCGGAACAAAUGACAACCCAGGGCUUAUCCCUUGGAUAUGUAACGAGCUGUUCACCUCUGCAGCGAGUUACUCAGAUGACACAUCAUUCAGGAUGGAAAUCAGUUUUCUUGAAAUUCACAAAGAAUUUGUCAAAGAUUUGCUCGGCAGAAGAAGAAACUGGCAAGAUUCUUUACGAGUCAGGGAACACCCUGAGUUUGGUACCAGAGUUGAUAAACUUACAAAGCAUAUUGUCACUGAGGUCACAGAAGUACUCAACUUAAUUGAGAAAGGCAAGAAAAACAGAUCUGUGUGUUCCCGUUCAUCAGAUAACUUCUUCAGCAGCUCACACACAAUUUUCACGAUAAAGUUUACACAGGCGCGACUGGAGGACGGGAUGCCGUGCGAGAAGAUCAGCACAAUUCAGCUGGUGGAUUUGGCGGGAAACAAGAGCAUUCACGCGGAGUGCUCAAGCAACGAAGCAGGAGAAGAUUUGGAGGCCCCCUCGAGUUCCUCAGGCAAACCCGAUCAGUCAUUACUUACACUCGACCAGGUUAUCUCAGCUCUCGCUAGCAAGAAUACUUCACCAAGACUCAGCGUCCCUCCUCCUUAUACAGACUCGGCGCUGACGUUAAUCUUGAAAGACUGUUUUGGCGGGAAUUGCCGAACUAUCAUGGUGGCAGCGGUCUCCCCCUCGAGCACGAGCCUGCACGAAACAUUGAGCACGUUGCGGUACGCAAAUCAAGUCAAGAAGGUCGUCAAUUAUCCCAGUAUUAACGAGGAUGGAAACGUGAAGUUAAUAAAAGAACUAAAAGUGGAAAUUCAGGGACUCAAGACCAUGAUGAAGGAGGGCCAAACACAAGUAAAUGGAGAUACAGAAAAAACGGCGCGAAAACUGCAAGAGAACGAAGACCUUAUGAAGCGUUUGACAGGCAUUUGGGAAGACAAGUGGAGCAGAACGCAGAAAAUCAUUGAGGAGCGUGCCCUGGAGGUUACCGAACUCGGAUCAGCACUCAAGUUCGAGACUGAAGAGCCGCACUUUGUCAGCUUGGGAGGUGGACGGCUGAGUAUCGGAGUGACGAUAUGCCCAAUAAAACGAGGCAAGACAGUCAUAGGUGUAUCGACUGAUGCCGUUAAACCAGACAUCGAGCUACGAGGACGAGGAAUCGAGAGUGAGCAUUGUACGGUGGAGUUCAAUGGGGAGGCUGUGGUGCUUCACCCUAAGGCACCGCUCUGCUCAGUCGACGGGAUCCCUAUAUCUGAGCCAACCAAACUACCACAGGGCUGCAUGCUAUGUCUGGGCAAAUCCAAUUAUUUUCGCUUCAAUCACCCAAAGGAGGCGAAGAGAAUUCGAGAAGCUAAUCCUGGGAACAGAUUCUCCAUAGUUCCCGAUGGUUACUAUCCAGAUGUCGAGCUUGCCGUAGAGCAAUACAAACGCGAUAAAAAGGAACGAGAAAGGCUCAAAAAAGAAAACGACCGACUCCAUGCUAUAGAACACGAGUACAAAGACGCCGUGCAGAGAAUAGAAAACGAGAAAGUCCAACUCGAGGACGAACGUAACCAGCUCCUUGAGCUUGAAAAGCUUCAGCGAGACGCUGCUAUGCAUUUCGAGGAAGAAAUCGCCAUUCAGAUCAAAGAACUGGAGCGCCAAAAAGAGGAACUUCGGUUGUUUGAAGAAGAAAGAAAGAAACUGGAAGUGUACGAAGGCAAGUUUGAAGCUGAUAUCAGGAAAAAAGAGGAGGAAAGAGCUCUUCAACAAAAAAGAAGACAAGAAGCGUACGAGAGGCUAGAGAGAAGAAAAGCACAGCUGGAGAGUAUUGAAGAGGAAGACAUGGAACGAGUCGCCGCAGAACUAGAGAUUGAGGAAGAGAGACAAAGACUGGCCUUACAAGAGAUAGACUGCCUCGUGGAAGAGGUCAGCGGACACGAGAGAGUCCAAGAGGACAAAGUCUUACUCGAGGAAGAGAGAAUGAAACUUGAAGAAAUGAAGGAACGACAAAACGAGGUCGUCAGGCAACUUGAGGACGAGUUAAACGCACAGAUAGCCAUGCUGAAAGAAGAGCGAAGACGAGAGAAUGAGAAAAUCGAGAAAGAGAAGGAGAGAAUUAAGAUAAUGGAAAGUGAACACUCGAAAGCUCUAGAGUUGAUUGAGCUAGAGAGAAUUCGGCUUGAGGAGGAAAGGCGAGAGGAGAAACGACGUAUUGAAGAAGAGAGAGCGCGGAUAGACGAGGCAGAGAAGGAACGAUUUGAGGCUUUAGAGAAGGUUGCCAAGGAGCAAGAGCAGGAAAAACACAUGAUCGAGAAGGAGAAGGAGAGGUUACUGGAGCUCGAGAGAAAACAUGCAAAUGCGAUGAAGGAGUUAGAAGACACUAUGAUAUCCAAGCAAGAGAAGAUCGAACGCGAGCGACAAAUAGAAUUUGAGUUUUUCGAGACAGAACAACUUCUACUGGAAGAGCUUGAGCAGAAACAAAGAGAGGCCGCGGAGCAGCUUGAACAAGAACGCAAAGCGAUGCAAGAAAUUAUCGAGAAGGAGCGAGAAGAGGAGAGAUUAAAACUCGAUAAGGAACAUCAGCGGAUGGAAGAACAACAGCGACAGCAGCAGGAGGCGCUAAAACAAGCCGAGGAGGAAAGAGCAAGAUUAAGAGAACAGUUGAUAAGAGAACGUGAAGUCAUGCAGAGAGAGAAGUCACGAUUGAUGAAGUUACAGCAGGACUAUAAACAGAUACGCAGUAAAAGCCCAGAAGGGCCUGAUUUAGUGUUGACAUUGACAAACUUGAAUUUGGCGCAGGUUGCGAAGGACUUGUCACCUGCGGAACGUAGGAAACGUUUGGAGGAGGAGAAACGCCGGUUGUUGGAACUUAAAAAGGAGGCAGAUAAUUUACUGGUUAAGACCAAGAAACAGCAAAACGGUAAUCGGUCGAGUACUGGAUCAAGUAGUUCGUCUUCCUCGUCAUCCUCAGAAGACUCGUCCAAAAAUAAAGAAAGCUGGAAAGUGAACGAGACAUCCGAAAACAAAGAACAGAGUGGAAAGGUUAUGGAAGAGUUAGAGCACGAGAGGCAAAAGAGAAAAGAACUCGAAAAAUUGCUGGAAAAAGAAAGAGAAAAGAAACAAAACGGUGACACCCCCGAGGAUAAAGUCCAGGAACUUGAGAAAGCUUUGUGGUUGGAGCGAACGAGGCGACAAGAAAUGGAACGAGCACUUCACGAGAAGCAGAAACAGGAUGAACUGGACCGACUUGCUGCUGAGGAGAAAAGUCGGAAAAAGGCGAUGACGGACCGAGCUAUCCACGACAGAUUACCGCAACAGGUAAAGUCACCACCAAAAGACGACAUGAAUCUGGCACAGCACAUUGUAUCUGUUGGACAUAUCCUGGAAAACUGUCCCUCGGUCAAAGUAACCCCAACACUGUGCAAAGGUUACCUCACUAAAAUGGGCGGCAAAAUUAGGAAGACCUGGAAAAAGCGCUGGUUCGUGUUUGACAGACAGCGCAAGGCGUUACUAUACUUUCACGAUGAACAUAAAAAGGACCCUAAAGGCAUUAUAUAUUUCCAAGCAAUAGAAGAUGUUUAUGCUGCUAGCUGGUGCUCAAAUAAAGGGCCAUCUCCCAGGACAACUUUCUGUGUUAAGACUCCACAGAAGUCCUAUUUCAUAGCUGCACCGAGUGGCCUAGCCAUGAGUAUCUGGAUUGAUGUUAUAUUAACAGGAAGAGAAGGAGGGUUUUACAACUAUUAGGUCUAAGUAGUCAUAUUAUACUUACAGAUACAUAAGGAUGAACCAUACUUAGAAUAACUGCUGGCCAGAAAGUAUGUAGAUUUUAAUUAUAUAAAAAAGUUUUAAGGAUAUCUUCUUUUAGGGGUUACACUCUAUAUUUGCAUGUCUGUACAGGGGAUCUCAAAUUAUAUCUUAUGUUUCAUAAAUGAGGCUCAGUUUAUGCAACAUUUUUAAUGGAAAAUAGUUUUUCUGUACAUAUUUUGUCACACACUUCUUGCCUGAUUAUCAGAUGAUUCUAUAUUUCUGGAUAGAUGCGAUCAAAAAUUAUUUAUCAUGAAGUCCCUAGAAUACAUUUUGUAGGUGAAAAAUGAUAACCUUUUAUUGAUUUGACACAAGAACCCAUUCACGUGUACAUCAUGUGACAAUCAGACUUACCAAUGAAAGUCUACCUGUGAAUUUGGAUGGCAAAAUAAAUUAGAAAUGUAAAUUGGUUUUUCAACCAAUUAGUGGAAAAAAAUAUAAAAAGAUAGCCACACAUUCAUUCGACUACAUACUUUAUUUUAUUUUUACUUUAUUUGACUCAGGUAAAAAAAUCAUUUUUCAAGUAAAUCAUGUACAUAGGGCUUUUCCCAAGGAAAGCCUUUUAUGUGACAGUUGGUAUAAAAACAACUCUUGCUAUUUUAUAUAGAUGAUGCAACUUUAUAUAGUAUUUAUAUAAAUGGCAAAUAUAUCUAUGCAUUUUGUAAGAAAAUGUAGAAAAAUUGUAAAGGGUUACAUAUAUAAAGCAUUUUAUAAAAUAAAAUACCAUGUUAAAGAAAAAA